CAUAAUUUUGCGAUUUAUCAGAGAGUAAAGCAUUAACCUUCACCUUUCACACGGGCUUGUAAACAUGCUGUCUGCUGUUAAUUCUCUUCGCAGGCUGGUGCAGCCAUCCAUGCUAGCUCCAUUAUCAAGGCUGAAGCACACUCUGCCAGACCUGCCCUAUGACUACAAUGCUCUGGAACCAUACAUCUCGGCUGAUAUAAUGAAGCUGCAUCAUCAGAAGCAUCAUGCAACUUAUGUGAACAACCUUAAUGUUGCAGAAGAAAAGAUGGCCGAAGCCUUGGCCAAAAAAGAUAUUCAGAAGGUUAUUUCACUGCAGCCAGCUUUGAGAUUUAAUGGUGGCGGUCACAUUAAUCAUAGCAUAUUUUGGCAAGUCUUGAGUCCAAAAGGAGAACCAGAACCGAAAGGGGAUCUUAUGGACCUGAUCCGUCAGGAUUAUGGCUCAUUUGAGAACAUGAAAAAGGAACUAGUCACAGCAACUGUUGGCAUCCAGGGUUCUGGAUGGGGUUGGCUUGGCUAUAAUCCGACCAGUGGGCGCUUGAUGGUAGCUGCUUGUGCCAAUCAGGAUCCAUUGCAAGCCACAACAGGUCUUGUGCCACUCUUUGGUAUUGAUGUUUGGGAGCAUGCCUAUUAUCUCCAGUACAAGAAUGUUCGUCCGGACUAUGUGUCAGCAAUAUUCCAUAUUGUGAACUGGGAAAAUGUUUCAAAGCGGCUGCACGAUGCCAAGAUGGCAAACUAAUUUUUACUUAAGGCCGUAUGUGGAUAUAUAAUGUGAUGGACUCCAUUGCAGUCUCUACAAGAGCAUACAACCGGUUUUGAUUAUAACAAUAGUAUUACGGAUUAAUAUUUACAGGUAUUUCAGAAAAUGUAUCAAGAUGGAAAUGCUUUAAUAAACAUGUAGCCUCAAAUUGA